AUACAACACUAAUACAGUACUCUAUUAAUACAUUAGAAUCAUAUCAAUGGAGACAUCUAUGCAUUCAAACAGUACUCAUGUAAUAACUAUAUGUGUAUAGAGUGUUGACUUUGACAAUACCGUUCAUUACCCGACACUAAAAGUCAUUGAUAUUUGUAGUGAUAGUCAGUUAUCCACAAAUGUCUUCAAUUGAUCCAAAUGUCAGUGUAAUGAAAACAAUGUGUUAAUUAAGUGAUACAAUAAUAUUGACAACAAUUUAGUGUAAAAAUAAGACAAAUUGUAUGAAAGAGUGUGAAAGCAUUGCUCUAUAAAAUAGAUUGUUUUGAGCGCUUCAAUUCAAUGUAUGUUUGAAUCGAUGAGUGAUUAGUUGAUCCCAAUAUUGGUCACGAAAUGUCUGAUUUCUCGUACAACGAUCUCUUGGAUCCGAGUGUUGAGGUGACACUCAAAGGACACCGACAGGCAAUUAAUUGGAUUAGUUUCUCGAGUGAUGGCAAACAAUUGGUUUCGGGAUCAGAUGAUAAUACGGUGAUGUUGUGGUCAGUGGACGAAAAGCAGUCGAUUUGUUACCGAUUGGUCGGUCACACAAACUCUGUAAUGUCUGUCGCCUUUGCAAAUGAUUAUUUGCUUUCGUCUUCAAAGGACUGUUGCGUCCGUUUAUGGCGAAUGAAUAAAAUUAACGGCAGAUAUCCUGAGAACGAAUCGGUGGUCUAUCGAUGCCAUUCAUCGCCUAUUCGUAGUGUCGAUACUAACGCUGAUUACACACAAUUCUGUACAGCAAGUGAUGACAAAACAGUUAAGAUAUGGUCACCAAAUGCCACAAAUAAGUUCAUUGCAUCGCUAUCUGGAGUACACACCAAUUGGGUCAGACAUUCACGAUAUUCACGUCUUAAUCCUCAUUUGAUCGGCUCGUGUGGUGACGACGGACUCAUCAGUAUUUGGGACGUGAGAACUAAAGAAGCUGUCAUUCAAUUGACAUCAAGACGUAAAUCAACUCAUUUUAUAUCACUUGAAUGGCAUCCAAAUUGCGAACAUAUUAUAUCGUCUUCAAGUGCCGACACAUCGAUUCGUAUUUGGGACUUAAGAAAGGAAAAGAUGAUUCAGUAUUACGCCGCACAUACCGGUGCUGUCAAUGCAACUGACUUUCAUUCUUCUGGCAAUUAUCUGAUUAGCGCUUCUUCUGAUGAAACUUCAAAAAUAUUUGAUUUACUUGAAGGCAGAGGUCUAUUCACAUUAAAGGCACACAACGGUGCUGUGAAUUGCUGUGCCUUUACAAGAGAUGGUAAUUAUUUUGCUACCGCUGGUAAUGAUAAACAAAUAAUGAUUUGGAAAAGUAAUCUAAUCGGUGGCGAUAAAGACAGAACCGAUGAUUAUUCACAUAUUGAGGAACACAUUAACGAACCAUUAGUUGUUCCCAAAAGUCAUUCAAAUAGACAUCAAUACCAAUCAACUCCUUUAUCGACACCAAAGUCGAGUAGAAAUCAAACACCGGUAACAAAUGGCAACAAAAUGCCACUCAAGUCAGCUCUUCGUCGAUCUAAUUCUGAAGAUAUUUAUAAAAAUUCAAAUCGUGGACAAAGACAUAUCGAUAGCAUCGCUAAUAAAGAUAUCAUCGAUAAUAGUGGAGAUCAUUUGCAUUCAGAUAAUACCGAGUCUUUAACCAAAACCUUUAUAAAUCAACUGAAAUCACUUACAGAUAGUGUUUUGGUUAUCGAGCAAAGACUCUCCGUAUUGGAGGAUAAAUUUGAAUCCCAUUGUACUUCUCGUUCAGCUCAUGGAUCGAGUAGUAGUUGA